UUCCUCUACAGGACUCAGACAGCAAAAUGGCGUUCCGCAGACAUUUCUUCGUCCUUGUGGCCGCUCUGGCAGCCGUCGUCGUGGCAUCAGGCGAGCAGACCGCACACCACCAUGGACGGCAUCGCAAGAAAGAGGUGGCCGAGGAGGUCCCCACGGCGCCCUCCUCGUCCAGUAGCCAGGACCUGUGGGUCGGUAGUGGUAGCGGCAGCCUCGUUGAUGUACCUGACGUGGGAGAGGAGUCCUGGAGUGGCAGCGACGACAGCGAGGAGUCCGAAGACGGCUCCGAGCUGGAAGAGUCCGAGAGCGGCGAUGAGAGCGACGAAUCAGAAAGUGACGAGUCUGAAUCUGAUUCAACAUACGAAGACGAGGAGGAGCAAGAGGAGGUUGUUCAGACGGAGAAGAAGAGCAAGAAACACAAGAAAGAGGUUGUAGACGAGACGAUAGAGGUCGUGGACGUCACGUUGUCUGGCUCCGGCUCAAACGACGACGUGGAAGUCGUCAUUGUUGAGGCUUCAGCCUCUGGCUCGUUCGACGGCUCUGUGGAGUUCGAGGACGACUCUGCGUCGGGUUCAUUUGACGGCUCAGUGGAGUUUGUGGGAAGUGACGAAGAAAAGGACGAAGAAGAAGGCAGCGAGAGCUACUCUGACGAAGGUAGCGACGACGUCGAGCAGGAGGAAGGCAGCGACAGUGACGAAGGCAGCGAGAGUGACGAAGGCAGCGAGAGCUACUCGGAUGAAGGCAGUAAGAGCGAGGAGCAGGAAGAAGUUAAACGCAAGCACAAGAAGCACCACAAGGGCUGGAUCAGUGACGCUUUUGACACUGUAGCCAACGCCACUGAAGAUGCCUACGAACAUGUCAAGAACGGUACGAAGGAUGCGUACGAACAUGUCAAGAACGGUACGAAAGACGCUUACAGUGACGUCAAGGACUUUUUCCAUGGCUCCGACUCCACAUCCGCUUCUGGCUCGGGUGCCGAGUGGGUGGAUGUGCACGACUUGGACGAAGACGACGAGUCGCACGACUCAUACGAUGAUGAAGUCACGGACAAGAAAAAGAAGAGCAAGAAGAAAAACUGGGUCGACGACGUUGCUAGCGCUGUGGAUGACGCCGCUGAACACGUCAAGAACGGUACCCAGGAUGCGUACGAGCACGUCAAGAACGCUACUCACGACGCCUACGACAGUGCUGAGAGCGCAGCACAGAACGCCAUUGAUGACGUCGUGGACUUUGUGAACGGCAGUGAGUCGUGCUCUGGCUCUGGCUCUGGCUCACUUGGUGCCACGGUGACGGUGGAGCAACAGCAGGUGAAGGACGAGAGUGUGGCGCUUGCUAGUGAGACUGCCGAAGAGGCCGAAGCUGAGACAUCCAACCACUUUAUUGAGUUCGGUGCAGCUGUCGGCGGCUUCGUCGGUAUCAUUGCUGUGGCCUUUGCGGUUGUUGUUCGCAAGGUCCGUAGUCGCAGCUCGAGCGACUCGACGGAAGAGGACGAAGCUGCUGUGGCGAUGGCGGCUGAUGCUAGUGCUGAUGAAGAGGCAUCGGAGGACGAGACGUUGGAGUCUGGCGCUCUUGUGAAGGAAGAUGUCGACGAUAAAGAGGACGGACACGAAGGAGAGACGGAAGGCAAGUUUGAAGGAUCCGUAUAAGCCCCCAGAACUCUGCAGUGCCAUAGCGUACAAUGCUUCGUAUAAUAUAUUUCAUCCCGUUUACCAUACCUA